GACUGCUAAGAGUCAGGGUUUCAAAACUGUUUUUUUUUAGUAAACAUAAAUAAAGAUUUUUACUUUACACUUCUGUGUUUAGAGCCAUAUAUCCUAUAUCACAUGCACACUAAUUGAGGCAUAUUUUCAAAGGGUAUAAUGUCCAAAGAAAAACAAUAUAAGGAUUUCCCAAAUAAAUAUAAAAUGUCCUCUCAGGCAAAGUCCCUGAAGUGAACGUAACUAAGCAAACUGCUUGGUGUUUCAACGCAAAAGUUUGGGGACAUUCAGCUGCCACUUCAAGGGUUAAUGCCCACCCCCACCUGCAACACAUUGUGUAGUCUUUUGUAAGAACUGUGAGGGGGGGUUAACAAAAUAAAGGAAUUACAGGGUUAACAGGAAGCCCCUUUCCAAGUAACAAAGUGUUGCUGCUUGUGUGUAGGGGGUGGGACUAACACUCUCCAGUUCCAUUUCCUCCUUCCUGUUUUCAGCCAUGGCAUCUGCUGAUCUGAGAGACGAGUUGAGCUGCUCCAUCUGCCUGAGCAUUUAUACUGAUCCUGUAUCCCUGCCGUGUGGCCAUUACUUCUGCCAGGGCUGCAUUGGGAAAGUGCUGGACUCCCAGGAAACAGCAAGAGAUUAUUCCUGCCCUGAAUGCAGAGAAGAGUAUCAGGAGCGCCCUGCCCUGCUGAGGAACAGAGCUCUGGGUAAUAUAGCUGAGCGAUUCCUUUCUACUCAAACCGAGCAGGACGGGACUGGGAUCUUUUGCAGUUACUGUGUCCAUUCCCCUGUACCUGUUACUAAAUCCUGUCUGCAGUGUGAGACCUCCAUGUGUGAUGCCCAUGUGAGAGUGCACAGCAAGUCAGCAGAGCACGUCUUAACUGAACCCACUGCUUCCUUCAGCAACAGAAAAUGUUCCAGUCACAAGAAGCUCCAGGAGUAUUACUGUUGUGAGGAUGGUGCCUGUAUCUGUGCCUCCUGCUGCCUGGCUGGAGAACACAGGGGCCACAGGGUGGAGCUGCUGAAUGAGGCCUCUGAGAAGAAGAAAAAGAAACUGAGGAAUGUUUUGGAGAACCUUUGCCCAGAGAGAGAGGAGACUGAGAGGGGAGUCCAGAGGCUGCAGGAGCACAGGAGAGAAGUGGUAGAAAAAGCAGCCAGUGAGACAGAGAAAGUCACUGCCCUGUUCAGAAAAAUCAGGGAACAGCUGGAAGCCCUAGAGAAGCAACUCCUGAGUGACAUUUCUAGGCAGAAAGAGGAGCUUUCCCUCCAUCUCACUAAUCUGAUCGAGGAGCUGGAAAUAAAGAAUGAUGAGCUGUCCAGGAAUAUCCGUCACAUUGAGAUGCUGUGCAACAUGGCAGAUCCACUCACUGUCCUACAGGAACGGGAAUCUGAUGGAGCUGCCUUUUGUGGGGUUGAGGGGUCAGACAAUGAUGGCAGAGAGAAAGCUGAUGUAAAGGUCCCUGUUGUAGGAGAUCUGAAUGUAGAAAUGAUCUCAAAGACAUUAGUCACUGGUUUAGCUGGGAUUGUAACUGGGGUAAAGGGAACAAUCUGUGGGCAGGAGGAUGCAGACAUGUUACUGGAUAAAAACACAGCUGGGGAUGCUUCAGAUAUAGUAAAGAAAGAAAUGGUUCCCAUAUUAGUUACACCCCAGUCGAAUGACACUGGGGCAGAAGGCUCAGGGCUUUGUGCCUAUUCGACUAAAAAGAGAAAAAUACCUCAACUUGUCAACAACAAAAAAGAACAAUCUAUCUGUCACAAAUCUCUGCAAUCUUCUGAUAGUCUCCCCAAAAUGUCACAGUUGACAGGUAACCCAAGGACUUCCGUAUCUGAUUCUGCCAUAGACACAAGGUCAAUCUCGGUGUUUGGGCAGAAGCCUACAUACCUGGUACUGGAUACAAACACUGUUGGAAAUGAUGUAUCUGUAUCAGGAGACAGAAAAAUGGUGAGCUACUCACGUAGAGCCCAGUGUCGCCCACAAACCAGAAUGAGAUUUCAAAUUCCUCAAGCUUUAAGCACAAGGAGUUUCAAGUCAGGGCGACAUUACUGGGAAGUGGAGGGCAGUGAAUCAGGAGGCUGGAUGGUAGGGGUGGCUUAUCCCAGUAUAGAGAGGGGAGGUAAACAGUCCACGAUUGGCAAUAACAAGAAGUCCUGGUGUUUGUACAAGCUGGAUGAUUUCUAUACAGUGAUACAUGACAGCAAAGGAUAUCAUUUAUCUGAUGUCCUUUCCUGCAGAAGAAUCGGAAUCUCACUGGACUAUGAUGCUGGUAGUGUGUCCUUUUAUGAACUGAGUGAACCAGUCAGACACUUACACACCUUCAAAGCCACCUUCACUGAGCCCCUUCAUGCUGCAUUCUGUGUCUGGAUUGGCACUUGGGUGAGAAUCAUUAAUUAAGCUAUUUACCCUGCCCAGGAGAUAACCCAUUCUGAGAGUUGCCUUUAGCCCUGCAUUGCAGAUAUUUGGACAUGUACAGGUCUUUUGGGGGAGUCUUCAAUUUUUUUGCACAGCUUGACUAGGCAGCAGGAGUUGUCUGGGAAUAAGGGUAUGUGACCUAUGUGCAACAGGAUGUUCAAUCUGGGGAGGUUGAGGCCUCUGUGUGAUUCCAGAAAAAAGAUGGGAUCUUGUGUCAUAUUUAUGUGGGCAGGUUCCCCUAGCAAUAACUGUCCAUCCAAUGAGCUUGGCUAAAUUAUAGUUCUGCCCCAUUAGAGUUAUAUUUAUUACUUAAUACACUACAGAGUCAGACCUAGGUCCUGUCUCUUCUAUAUCCCUGUAGGGCACACCAUCUCCUCUUAGCCAUUUAAUGCUGCCCCAGCUCCCUUAGGGCUCUUACGCGCGUUUUUACCUGCGCUCCCCUGCGCCUGUGUGAGUACAGCCCCAUUUGAAAUAAUGAAAUGCGUCUAUUCCUGCGCUCCCCUACGGCUGAACGCCGAAAAACGGAACGCAGGGGAGUGCAGGUAAAAACGCACGUGAGUAAGAGCCCUUACAGUGCAGAUUCUUUAAAUCAGUAAAGGGUAGCCUCUGUGUACAAAUAGAUAUAUACAGAGACCUCUUUGUACAUGAUAGAUGGACUUGAUGCGUUAGUGAUAUCAAAGAUCUUAGCUAAAUCCAUGUAACCGGGAUAGUAUUAUCCACUCUAGGCACAGACAUUUUUCAUGUUAACAUUUUUUGUAUGUUAUGAGUUAGUGUGAAGAGGAAAUUGAAUUAAAAAGGUAUUACAAAA